ACUCCAAUGUAUGAAGAAACAACGCACAAAAUCCCCUUUUCCCCCUCUCACAAAAACCCUAACUAAACCCAUUUCUGCCGUCAGAUGAAUCAUUUCCUCAAAUUUAUUCAGUCUCACCAUCUUCUUCGCCAUUUUUCAUCACUACCCAAACUCCCAUACUUCACCAAAAUCCCUUCCAAGUAUCGAUCCCGAGCCAUUAAAGAUGCUCAACAAGCUCUCACGGAUUACCUCCACUGCACCCGUUACAUCCCUUUCGUCUACGCCGAGCACAUUGCCAAAAACUCCCUCUAUUCCCUAUCUUCUCUAGUCUCCGGCAUCGAUUUCUCCGCCGUGAGUUUCAACAAGAACGUCCUCAGGUUGCUCAGGUACCAUCCCAUUAACGAGUACGAGUUUUUCUUUGAAAGCAUAGGAAUUGAUUAUGAUGAAGUUAGUGGGCUUUUGCCUUCGAAUAAAUUCUUCUUCUCUGAAGAUGAAACGGUUCUCGAUGCUGCUUGUGCGCUUUCUGGAUUUGGGCUCCCUUGGAACAGAUUGGGUAAGCUUUAUAAAGAGGAUGCUUUGAUUUUUAGGGUGAGUUCUAAGGAAUUGAAAGCUAGGCUUUGUAGGAUUAAGGAAUUUGGGUUUAGCAAUAAUAUUUCUGUGAUUGGUAUUUGCUUGGCUUUUCCUUGCGUAUUGCGUGGGGUUGGUGAAUUGGAAUGUGAAGUUGCUGCUUUGUUGAAUGAUUUGAAAAGGGUUUUUGUAGAUUUUGAUUUGGGGAAUCAUGUUGAAGCUAAUGUGGAUUCUUGGUAUGAAAUUUGUAGGAAAAUGAGGAUGUUUUAUGAUUUGGGUUGUGAGAAGGGGAAAAUCGGGGAGCUGAUGGGUAGAAAUAAGAGCCUCUUUCUUCGGCAUUCGGAGGAGGUUAUGGUUCGGAAAAUCGAGUAUUUUUGUCGGUUUUUGGUUAGGAAGGAAGAUGUCGGUUUGUUGAUUCUUCGAAGCCCCGAGAUUUUGGAUUUUGAUUUGGAAACACCGGUGAUUUCGGUUAUGGGAAUAUUGAAACAUUUUGGAUUGAAUGCUGAUGAAAGGAAUUUCAUUGCUAAAGAAUACCCUUAUGUAUUGGGGAGGAAUAAAAUGGCUAAUUUACCCAAUGUGAUGAAAGCUUUGAAUCUACACGAGUGGUUGUUUAAUAAGAUUAAGGACGGAAAUCAUCUGUUGCUUGCUAAUUGCGCCGUUAGCGAUCUUGACGAAGACUUUGAUAUGGAUUUCCGAGAUAGUUUCGAGAGAAUUCAGUUUUCAAGAACCCCUAUCCACACAACGGAGAAGUUGAUUUUUUUGCAUAGGAUUGGGUUUGGGGAGAAUUCUUUGACCAUGAAGGUUUUAGCUCAUGUUCAUGGCACUAGUGCGGAGUUGCAAGAAAGAUUCGACAGUCUUCUCGGUAUGGGGAUCACGUUCUCGAAACUUUGCAAGAUGGUACAAACAACACCGAAAGUUCUAAACCAGAGUCCCGAAACUAUAGCGCGGAAGCUGAACUUCCUUCGCUACGAAAUGGGUGUUCCUUUGGACUACCUUGAUAUAUUCCCGGCAUUUCUAUGUUUCAACUUGGAGAAGCGGAUUAAGCCUAGGUACAGAUUCCAUAAAUGGCUCACGGAGAACGGUUUGUGCACUCGAAACUACUCCAUUGCCAGCAUAGUCGCAACCGGUGAAAAGAGUUUCGUUGCUCGUCUUUCUCGUAUUCAUCCCGAUGCUCCAAAACACUGGUUAGAGAGUUUCUCCUACCAGGAACCUGGUGAUGGUAGCUAGGACCCAUAACAUUGUCUAGAUUCGGUUGUCCCAAAUAUUGAUUUUUGGACCGAUAUCCAUUCUUCAAGUGAGAUGGGUGUCUUUCUUCGCGGUCAAUAUAUUGUAAGUUGCAACUAUUACAACUAAUACAAUAUCCAAUGCAUGCUUAUA